CAGUUCAAUGUUGUCAUUGUCAACCAACCCAGGAAGACCCCAAAUCUAAACAACGCCUGAUCGAAGCUCACAUGCAACUGGAAGCAGAAGAAAAGGCAAGGUUAUUGGAGAAGGCCAAGAAACGAGAAGAGAUUCUAGAGUUAAUUAAUAAACAGAGGGAGGAAAGAAUACGGAAAGAACUAUUGGCUCUUCCAUAUAAACCAAAAAGAAUGACACAAUCUGCACCAAAGCCUGCAUGCCCAGAGAUCAGCAACGAGGCUGAGGAGACUUAUCAGAUCUUAAGGCAGUUUGACUGAACGUUCAGCAAAUCUUUCAGAGACAAAGAGAUGUCUAAGAGAGGAUGAACUACUUAUUUGGUUUCAAUAAAUACUGUAUUUUCUUUCA